AUGCACCCAUAUUUGCAUGAAUAUUAUUUGGUAGCAAGAUUCAAAGCUGCAUAUGCUACUCCAAUUCCAGCACUUACAGAUCAGUCUCAGUGGCCUGAAGUGGACAUUGAAUUUUCCAUGUGUCCUCCCUUGACGAAAAGAAAGGCUGGCAGGCCUAAACAGAGUAGAUUCAAGGCAUGGUUUGAGAAAGGUGGGAGUAGUAAGAAGGGAAAGAAAGAUGGAAAGCCAAAAAGGGCCCAAAAAGGUAACAAAAACAGAUGCAAGUUGUGCCAGGAACUUGGGCACAGAGUGGGAUCUGUCAAAUGCCGUUACACUCCUGAUAAGCCAAAGAGGAAGCGAGCAAGUCAGCCCCUUGUUGUUGAACAGUGUUGGCCAACAAAAAAGCAAGAGUUAAUGGCGGUAGAAAGAAGAGAAGUGUGCCUGAGCCUGAGCAGACUGAAGAAAAUCUUGCUGCAGUCAACAUUCAGACUGAAGAAACUGCUCUCGAGGUUGAAACUGAACCUGAGCGUGUCGAGGUUCAGACUGAAGAAACCCAUGUUGAGGUACACACCGAAGAAACUGAAACUGCUGUCAACAUUGAGACUGAAGACACUGACCACGAGGGUGUUGGCGAGGUGUUAAAAAGACCAGUGAAGAAAACCAAGAUGAUCAGUGAACUUGUGUGUGUAGUAGAACCAAA